AUGAUUGACCGCAAUGAGCGAGUGGGAGACAGUUGGCGCAACCGGUACAGAACGCUCAUGACCCAUGAUCCCAUUCACUACUGCCACCUCCCCUUCGUCCCGUUCCCUGCGGACUGGCCCAUGUUUAUGCCAAAGGACAAACUAGCAGAUUGGCUCGAGUCGUACGCCACCAUCAUGGAACUCAACAUCUGGACAAGCACCACCAUUGGAAGUGCCGAAUACGACGACAAAACAAAGACCUGGGCCGUAGAGGUCCAAAGAGCCGACGGCAGCACGCGUACGCUCCGCCCGCGUCACGUAAUCCUCGCAACAGGCCAAGCCGGCGACCCCAUCACCCCCACGUUCCCAAACCAAUCCGACUUCAAGGGGAUGGUCUACCAUGGAAGUCAGCACCAAGAUGCCUCGGUGACCAAAGACAUCUCCAGUAAAAAGGUCGUUGUCGUGGGCUCCGGGAAUUCGAGCCACGACAUCUGCCAAAACUUCCACGAGAGCGGCGCAGCCCAGGUGACAAUGGUGCAGCGAGGGGGAUCGUACGUGAUCACGGCCGACAAGGGAAUCUUCAUGAUGCACAAGGGUAUGUACGAGGAAAACGGCCCGCCCACGGAGGAUGCGGAUGUGUACGGCCAGAGCAUCCCCACCCCAAUCUUGUUCGCGCUCAGUGUUCACGGCACGAAGGCGAUCGCUGAAAUCGACCGGGAAACCCUCGACGGGCUUACCAGGGCCGGCUUCAAGCUCGACUUUGGCGUUGACGGAAGCGGCAUCUACCGCAAGUACAUCACCCGUGGCGGCGGUUAUUACAUCGAUGUCGGAUGUAGCAAACUCAUUGCAGACGGCAAAGUCAAGGUCCAUCAUACUCCCAAGGGUGUCUCGGGGUUUACACCGAACGGCCUCGCGUUGGCUGAUGGUACGACUUUGGAAGCGGACAUUGUGGUUUUGGCGACGGGGUACGACGGUAUGAAAUCGACCGCCCGUAAGAUCUUUGGAGAUAAAGUGGCCAGCCGCCUCAAGGAAUGCUGGGAUCUGGACGAACAAGGAGAAAUCAACUCUAUUUGGCGAAGUAGUGGUCAUCCUGGAUUUUGGUACACGGGUGGCAAUCUCGCAUUGUGUCGAUAUUAUUCUCGUCUUUUGGCAUUGCAGAUUAAGGCAUUGGAAGAAGGCAUUUACACUCAGACGGAAUGA